AUGUCAAUUGCCCUCGCCUUCGCGGUCACAGGCAAGGCUGACGACGUCCCUGAUCUGGCCGUGGAGGGACAGCCGCUGGGGGCCAAUGUGAAGCGGUUGGUUGAGGCCCUUGAGUACCUGGGAGCGCCGCUUCCGGAAGAGGUGACGGAGAAACUUUGGGAGGCCGCCGACACACGGGAUGCUGCGGCUUUGCAGGAAGCGUUGGACCCGCACGUCUUGUUUGUUGUUUCGAUCAACCCUGAACUGCGGGUGAAGGUUCAGAGGGGGGCGGCGAAGGCUGGUUUGCAGCAGGGUGGAUUUACGCCGUGUGUGGUGAAGGUGCUGAACCAGGGUACGGUGAGUAAUCGGAUGCGGAUCGUGAGCCCUCAGUCGGGGCCGGUUUAUUCGGGUGCAUCGUUAGGAAUUCUGGAGCGGCAGGCUCAAACAGAACUGAAUGAGGAUGAGAACCUAAGUGGCGAUCGCGACCGGUUCUUGCAGGUGGAGAUGUUCCAGAGCCCGCCGAUGACGCGGAACCUGAGCGGGCUGGAGGUUGAAUACGCGAUUGCGCUGAUCUAUUCGAGCGAGCGUGGUAAGCGGGAAGCGACUAUCGGCUUCGAUAUCGGCGCUGGUAAUCAAGACAUUGGUUUUCGUGGCGAGGUGCCGAUUUUGUUCGACGUGGCACCCGCGAUUCCGGUGAGGCUGUCGAUCUUGGAUGAUGAUGGUAGCCCGACAGCGGCCCGACUGGUGAUUCGCGAUGGGCAGGGGCACGUUUAUCCGCCGCAAGCGAAGCGGCUGGCGCCCGAUUUCUUUUUUCAACCGCAGAUUUACCGUCGCGAUGGGCAGGCCGUGUUGCUGCCGCCGGGGAAGUUCACGGUCGAAUACUCGCGGGGCCCGGAGUAUCACGUCGAUACGAAGACGCUCGUCGUCUCGAGCGAUGAGGCCGGGAAACUGGACCUGCGAUUGCGGAGGUGGAUCGACCCGGAAGAUUUCGGUUUUUUUUGCGGCGAUCAUCACAUUCACGCGGCUGGCUGCUCGCAUUACGACAACCCCACGCAGGGCGUGCAGCCGGAAGAUAUGUUCGUGCAGGUGCAGGGCGAGGGCCUGAAUGUUGGCUGCGUGCUGACGUGGGGGCCGUGCUACGACUAUCAGCGGCAGUUCUUCGCCCCGAAGGCGGCUUCGAUCAGCGAGCCGCGGACGUUGUUGAAGUAUGACCUGGAGAUUAGCGGAUUUGGUUCGCAGGCACUGGGGCAUGUGUGCCUGUUGAACUUGGCUGAUCAGACGUAUCCCGGGUCGGAAGAGACCAAGGAGAAGGGCUGGCCGACUUGGACGGUUCCCGUGUUGCGGUGGACGAAGGAGCAGGGGGGCUACACGGGCUAUCCGCACUCGGCGUUCGACUACGACCCACCGAUUGCGGCUCGGCAUUUAAUCGAGAAGCUCGAUUUGGAUGAGGAUGGGGUGCUGAACGCCGCAGAGGCGGAUCAUGAGCUACUGCCUGAGACGUUUGAAGUUAUUGAUGAAGACAGGAACGGGCGGCUGAGUGUUGAGGAGUUGACUGUCAGUACCGAUCGGGCGACGGACCGCUUGCCGAACGUGGCCUUGCCCGACAUGGGUGGUAGCGGGGCGCUGGAGAUUUGUGUGAGCACGGCCGAAGGGGUGUGCGAUUUCAUUAGUGCGAUGAACACGCCGCGCACUUCGGAGUGGAACAUUUGGUAUCACCUCCUGAACUGCGGCUUUCCCUUGAAGCUGAGUGGCGAGACGGACUUCCCUUGCAUGAGCAGCCGCCGGGUGGGGCAGGGACGGGUGUAUGUGCAGUUGGGAGAGGUUGACCGCCUGGAGUUUGCCCCGUGGUGUGAGGGGCUGGCCGAGGGACGGAGUUAUGUCAGCGAUGGGUUUGCCCACGCGGUUGAGUUCUCGGUGAACGAUGUCAUGCCCGGCACGAGGGAUGUGCAGCUUUCAGCUCCCAACAAAGUUAGAGUGCAAGCCGAAGUUGCGUUCGCCCCGGAGACGCCUGAGGGGGUGGCUUACGGGAACCAGCAACCGUUGGCCGGCUCGCGACUGGUUGGCGAUACGCGGAACCUGCAUGCCCCGCGAUCGGGGCGGCGAAUCGAAGGCGGUACUCGACUUGUGGAGAUCAUCAUGAACGGACAAGUCGUUGAUUCGAAAGAGAUCCCGGCCGACGGAAGACAGCACACCAUUGAUCUUGAAGUGCCCGUCGAUAAAAGCAGUUGGAUCGCCUUAAGACAGUUCCCACAGCUUCAUACGAACCCGGUGAAUGUGAUUGUAGAUGUGCAGCCGAUUAGGGCGUCCCGCGCUAGUGCGCUUUGGUGCGCUGAGGUUGUGCGGCUGCUGUGGGAGCGGCGUAAUGACCGCAUCGCCGAACAUGAACGCCCCGCGGCCAGGGCGUCGUACGAUCGGGCGAUUGAGACCUAUGAAGCGAUCGACUGGAGCAUGAAAUAUCAGUACGAGCCAUCUCUGCUAAGUAUCGUUCUCACUGUUGUGACAGCCGGAUGGAUACUGCAUGACAUAAGUCUUCAUUUCCUGCUCGAUCUUCUCAACCCACUUGUGCUGCUGGCCCUUGUUCUGGCGUUGAUUCCAAUUGUUGAGUACCUCUUUAUUCGGUUCCUCAACUCCCUGCACAACUCCGAAGAUUCGCAACAGGCACCACUGCUCAAGGGAGCCCAAUGGCGAUGGUGCGUGUUACCUGUCACAAGUGCGCUCGUACUUAUGGCAGUGCUGACAGGCUGGCCGAUGCAUCUUAGGUUUCUUGUUAGCAAGCCGGCUUUUGAACGAACCGUUGCGAAGCUGCGCCACGGUGAGGACAUCGGUGAUACGCCUACUUGGAUUGGUGCAUUCCCUGUCAGAAGUGUCAUGAAACAAGACGACGGAGUGGUUUACUUCACUACAGGCCGAGCCAUUACGGUUUCGCGUCGGGAUUUCUUGCAGACGACGGCCGUGGCCACGGCGGCGACGUUGGGAGUGCCGGCGGUGGUUACGGCCAGCAAGACCGACUCGCAGGUCAUCCUGGGUGAGGGCGACUAUAAGUAUGAAGUCGUUCACGACUGGCCGCAGUUGCCUGACAAGUUCACCUGGCAGACGACGCACAAUGUGGCCGUGGACAAAAAUGGCCUGGUGUAUGUGAUUCAUGAAGGACGGGCCGAUCAGCCGGACCACCCGUCGAUCUUCGUGUUCGAUCCCGAGGGGAAGUACAUCCGCUCGUUCGGGAAUCAGUAUCAGGGCGGCGGGCACGGUAUCGAAGUUCGUGAAGAGGACGGCGAGGAGUUUCUUUACGUCUGCGCGUAUCAGCAGGUGAAGGCCAUCUCGAAGCUCGACCUGCGGGGAGAGAUUGUGUGGCACAAGCAUGCGCCCAUGGAGUCGGGCGUGUAUGCCGAAGGCGAGAACACCAAUCCGCAGAAGGUGUGGGGCCAGGAUCGGUUCCUGCCGACGAACUUCGCGUUUCUGCCCGAUGGCGAUUUCUUCCUGGCCGACGGAUACGGUUCUUUCUACAUCCACCGCUACGACAAAGACGGGAACUGGAAGAGCAAGUUCGGCGGGCCCGGCGACGGGAAAGGGACGUUUGCUACGCCGCAUGGGAUUUGGAUCGACAGCCGCCCGGGGAGGGAACCGGCAGUUGCGAUUUGCGACCGAGCCCAUCACACGUUGCAGUACCUGACGCUCGACGGCGAGUACAUCGAGACGCUGGAAGGCUACGGGCUACCGGCGAACAUCGACACCUAUGAAAACCUGAUGCUGGUGCCUGAGCUGCAUGCCCGGGUGACCAUUCUCGAUGAGAAGAACGAAGUGCUGGCACGCUUGGGUGCCGACGUGGAACGCAUUACUACUGAAAAGGGCAUUCGCAACGACGAGUCGCAGUGGGUCGAUGGGAAGUUCGUGCAUCCGCACGAUGCCUGCUUUGAUAACGAAGGGAAUAUCUUUGUGGCCGAGUGGGUGGCUACGGGGCGGGUGUCGAAGUUGAAGCGGCUGGGGUGA